AAAGGGCUGUGUGUUUGAGGUUUAGCUGGAGAUCUGGGCGUAUCUGAAAAAAGGUUGAAAAGAAACACAACACCAAACACACGAUAACAGAGAACACCAGAUUUAACAGUUAUUAUCCGCAGUACUGCCCUGCUUCUGUUACUAAAUUAAAAGGGAGGGGUGAUGGUUGUCCAUCCGAUGGGAAACUCUGUGUGCGUUUCUGCUUGUCCGGGUGCUUUGUUGGCACUGUGUACUUGUGUUGCUCCGGCGAAUGGACCGUCUUGUAAUUGCUAGCCUUCUGAUGCCCUGACGUGACAGUGGAGUAAUGCUAAAGGGAUCAGUGGGACCAUCACAAAGAAGAGCCCAAGGGAUUUUGAAAAUGGAGCACCGCCAUUGAUUCCAGAGCCUGCAGCAUCUCCAUGCUGGUGUGACCCAUCAAGCUCCUCAAGCCUCCACACUCGGCGAUCAUGGCACAGGAAGGCAAGCCCAGAGAACGGUCUCCAUGGCGCUUCUUCUCUCUGUUCGGGAGCCGGCCGGAGCGAGUGGUGCUCGCACGCAGCGACAGCUCCCCGGAGGAGAGCGUGCUGAAGAUCACUAUCACUGAGACCACCGUCAUCGAAUCGAACUCGGGCGUGUGGAACUCCCGCGCCCUCUCCUACCUGGGUCUCUGGUACUUCUUCAGCUUCUGCACGCUGUUCCUCAACAAGUACAUUCUGUCGCUUCUGGAGGGAGAGCCCGGCAUGUUGGGCGCUGUUCAGAUGCUCUCCACCUCCAUCAUUGGCUUCAUGAAGAUGUACGUCCCGUGCUGCCUGUAUCAACACAAAGCUCGCACUGAGUACCCACCCAACUUCAUCAUGAUCAUGCUCUUUGUGGGAUUAAUGAGGUUUGCAACAGUGGUCUUGGGGCUGGUGAGCCUGAAGAAUGUGGCUGUUUCGUUUGCAGAGACAGUGAAAAGCUCGGCUCCAAUCUUCACAGUGAUCAUGUCCAGGCUGAUCCUCGGAGAGUACACAGGUCUAUGGGUGAACCUCUCUCUGUUCCCUGUGAUGGCUGGAUUGGCACUGUGCACAGCUACAGAGAUCAGCUUCAACAUGCUGGGUUUUUCUGCAGCCUUAUCCACCAACAUUAUGGACUGUUUACAAAAUGUCUUUUCUAAAAAGCUACUAAGCGGAGACAAGUACAAAUUCAGUCCCCCAGAACUUCAGUUUUAUACCAGUGCUGCUGCUGUGAUCAUGCUUAUCCCAGCAUGGAUAUUUCUCAUGGACAUUCCAGUGAUUGGAAAGAGUGGACGCAGUUUUAAUUUCAGCCAGGAUAUUCUCCUCCUGCUCCUGUUCGAUGGGGUCCUGUUUCACCUGCAGAGCGUCACGGCAUACGCACUGAUGGGCAGGAUUUCACCUGUCACCUUCAGUGUGGCCAGCACAGUGAAACACGCCCUGUCCAUCUGGCUGAGCAUUAUCGUCUUCAGCAACAGCAUCACGGCUCUGUCGGCAGUGGGUACAGUGCUGGUGAUCAUCGGGGUUAUGCUCUACAACAAGGCCAACCAGUACCAACGAGAAAGCAUGCAGGCGAUCGCCCAGGCAGCUGAUCCACUGGACCUGCAGGAAGACAGUAAAGCAGCUGAGAAAUAGCGUCCGCAGUGAAGGGGUCAGGGUGGGGUGGCUCCUGCUGGAACUGUGCGCGCCUUCCCAAAAGCGUAGGCGCACUUACAGUACAAAACCAAGCAAAGAUACUCGCACAGAUUGUGCCUGCAAGGAAGGAUCACACACUGCGAAAUGGUACAGCCAGCUGCAGUAGAAGUGCCGCACCAAAAAGACAUGGCACUUUGGUAGGGAGUGCGGGAUUGGCAAAGAUCAAGAGUGACCCCCGUGCCAGUACCCCACCCCCUACUCCUCAAUGCACUCCAGGGGGUUAAGUGUGUUUUCUGAACAGUGCAGCAGGCAAGACAGGCAGAUGCAUUCCAUCAUUUGCCACAAGCAGACAGCAAUAAACUGUGGAAUUAAUCAUUGACCAGUCUGCUGUUGAUGCCGCUGUACAGCCAUUAAUGUAAUACAUGUGUUGGUACAUUCCACAAAGUGUGCAGAAGCAGCCGAGUGGUGAAAAAAUCUGUGCCGACAACUGUCACCUGAAUAUUAAGAGUUUCACCAACCAUUCAGCGACACUAAUGGUAUCCCAAACAUUCACUACUGUAUAAAAUAGUCACAAAAGGAAAUACAAAUUUGCACAAUUGGGUUUAAAACAAACAAACAAACAGAAAAACCACAACACUGUGAUAAUGUAGCUUAGUCUUAAUGAAAAUGGGUUUCGCAUUAAUACCGCUUGAAAGGGAUCAAUCUUUGUCGUUUAGGAUACCAUUCUCACCUCUGAUCGGGAUAGACAGACAGACGCCUCUUGUAUGCCGGCUUUGUAGAUUAGCUUGUUGAGGACUUACAGGUGUGUGGGCUUCAUAAGUGGUUGGGAUAUAGAGCAGAUAGGUAUGUGGAAUGGAACAAUAUAAACAGUCGAUACAGCAAGUACUCUUUCCAUAAAUGUGUGGCUUGCAGAGUGGAAGGUGGUGAAAGGAAUGGAUAAUGUGCAGGAUCCUCUGUUCCUUUUGAAUGCUCCUAUAACAAUUCAUACUAGCCUUCUCUGACAGCCAACAAAUUAAAUUGCAGUUGUGACUUGCAGAUCUAAAUCAGCUGUGCAACUGUACAGUACAGAAGCUAUCAAUUAUAAGAUGUGUGCAUUCUACAUGUUAACCGUGAUGACAAAGGGAAAGCUGUGGUUUAAAACAUGACCCCUGACAUUUCAACUCGAGGGACAAUGAAUUCAAACACACGGCUCAUGUAACUGCUAUGUCCUUGAAUGUGUUGUGCUAAGGAUAAGGAGGCUUUGGGGAUCACAGGUAAUCUGCAGACUUUGCUAGCGCUCAGGUAACGAAGAACUUAACUGAUUUUGUUUUCUUUAUUUUUUUUUGUCUGGUCCAAAUGAUGCACGACACCCACACAAAGUGAUUUAACAUUGCCAUUGGAGCCAGUUCGUUUAGUCAGUUUCUAUAGAUAUUCUGCACAUGUGCCUUUGAGCAACAACCUUUCUGAUAAUCCUGUUGUUUAAAAAAAAAAAAAAAUGAAGAGCCAGUAUUAAUAAUGGCACACUUACUAAUGUAAUUUGUUUGCUGUGCAUAUUAACAAUUCUAGCAGCAAUUUCCUGUGCAGUUCCUGAGUUUACACAGGAAACCCACAGGAAAUUAACUGAUUUUUUUUUUUUUUUUGAAACGCUGGCUCCAAUAUUAAACGCAGGGAGUACAGUUUUAUUGAAAUGUCCUGAAACCAUGAGCUCCUGUUAAGGAUUCUGGUAUAGCUGGAAAAACUACCACCUCACUCCAUGAUGUGUACUAAGGCUAUCAAUGUUAUAGUAAAAUACAUUAUUGCCAAAAACUAGCUAAUAGCUAAAUUAAAAAUGAAGUGUGUAGCAAAAUGGGAUAGGAAUAUAUUAGAUUUGUGAGCCAAGUUAGAAUACCACUUGUUCUUAGCUUCUAGGUUAGACCGCAGUGUCUUCUCUACUGUACAUGCAGUGCAAUGCCAUUUAGUAACGUACUUGAGAUACCACAUCCUUAUGUACAGUGAGGGAUUAUUGUGUCCACAGGCGCAGUAUAUGUAGAUUGCUAGAACUAAUAAUGUCACAGUGUGCACGUAUGGCUGUGCCGAUAUGUUUGCCUCAUCACCCUAUGACUCUUAGUCUAGUUUUUGUAAUGCCGUACUUUUCUUCCGCUGUGAAAUUACCCACAUGGUUUAGGACCACUUUCCAUGAAACCUGUUAUAUAUUCAAUUUUAAAUACAGUUACUAUUUAAUUAUUCUCAUUCAUACCAUUUUUUUUUUUUUACAGCUUGUGAAUGUGAAACAGUCUUCUUAAAACCUGUGGAUGGAGAAGUUAUACCUUUUAUGUUCCAGGAUAACGAUGUUCAGUGUUUAUUUUAAAUAAAUCUGAGCGUAAUUAACAGUGACCUCCUUUUAACAGUAUCUAUAAGGGCAGUGUAACUAUUGCUGUGUGAAAGCCAUGUAUUCCCCAGGUUUGAUCUGAUUUGACACGUUCAUCAGGAAGCCAGCCACACUAGUUGUGAGUAACAAGCCUCUAAAUUUUGCCUUUUCCCCACAGACAGGUCAAAAGAACAUACAAUGCAGAGGAGUGCAUUUUUCAUGGUUCAUGUUGGAAGUUUGCUUUCUACCAGUAUUGCCUUCUCUGCCCUUUUGUGACCACUAAUCACAGCAAAAAGCACCUUUUUUCGUUGUUAUCGAGGAUUUUUAGAAAUACUGAAAGAAACUUAACAAAUUCACGUCUUGUGACAUUCAUUUCGAUGACCCUGCUAUAGCUGCUGUGUCUGCGAUUGCUAUGGUAUUAUAAACCUAUGCCCUUGCACUAUAAAAGUGGUUUCGUUGGUACAUGCACAUGAAUAUUCUUGUGUCGUAUUAUUUGGGGAAGACCGUGUAGAACUAGCACUCUGGGUUUAACAACUUAAUUAGGGUGCUGCAUCUUUUUUUAAACUGUUAUUAAUCAUAAGUUCUGCUUUUUACUUGAAUGUUUUUAUGUACAUGUAUACGUUUGUAGGGAACCAAUUUAUAUUUAAAACAACCAACAUAGUCAGGGUUUUGGUAAGGAGGCCACAAUUGCAUUAAUGAAUGUUGGGAUUGAUUAAGCAGUGGCUGGUGUGGUUUAAGAUAAUGAAAUGUGGUUAUAUAGUUGCUGUGAAAUACUGUGGACCUUAAAAAUAAAAUGUGAAUGUCAAACAAAUCAAUAAAUGCAUUUUCCCUG